AGGGUGUUGAUUCGCGGACAAACCGCUCGGUCUUCAGACUUGUGACCAAUACGAGAGCAGAGUGAGAAGAGAAGGAAAUUGAGCCAACCCGAAUAUAAAGGAGCGAUAUACGUUGCUUACUCCCAAUGGUACACUGGUAGUAUCUGCUUGGCGACUUAGAGGGUUAGACUCUCAUUAUUCACUGGAACUACACCUUCCAAGUUCUUAACAGCCUUUUGGGCAUCGAUUCAUCAACUUAAGUCCGGGGGAAACCAAGUGCAAUAUUUAUCUUUAUGGGUCAAACCAACUCAGUACAGCUUUUAUCCUCCUCAUCAAUCAUCCAGUCUGAAAGCAGAAAAUAGCGUAAAAAUUUAUCUCCAAAGUUUCUCAACUAUUAUCCAUUCUAAUAUCAAUACUUUUUGUGGCUAAUAAGUGCAAUAUUUUACAUCACAAGGAACCUCUUCUAUUCCUAAGACUUUUAAAGAACCUGAUAGAGAAAUUGCAUUUGUGAAUGCGACUCUUGGUUUAACCUUGCUGGAAGUUGUGCGUCUUCACGAUGUCCCGGUCAUUUUACGUCGACUCUUUGAUUUUGAACCGAACCCCACCUCUUACACCAACUAACGGUACGGACCAUCCUCGGACACCCGUCUCCAUUCAUCAUCAUUCUAGAUCAUCACCAGAUACCAAACCAUCCAGCAUUUCAUGUUUCAGACCCCACACCGACCCCCUUUCGCCCUCUUGCCCUCUAUGUGUCCGUGACCAUGUUGCUGCGGCAACGCACCCCUGCCACCCUCGCCUGCCACCACUUACAACCUCUCUACCGUCCAUCUUCAAAUCUCCACUACCACUACCGGGACCACACCCAGCAUCAGGACACCACCCUCACCACCAUCACCACCACCACCACUCCAAUGCCACCCGUUCAUUUCUGGAGGCGUACCAAGAAGCGCACCUUCGUCAAGGAUCGUUACCCCUAUCACCGGCGCGUCUCUCACCCCACCAAACACCCGUUUCAUCACAUCAUGAAACCUUUAGAAGUUCUGCAGACCCUAGGAGGAUCCAUUUUCUACCAGUUGGUUCUGAGCGUCAUCAAACUGAUGAUCAAAUCCGCGAGAGUAGUAAAAGAAUCAGGACAGCAUUUACCAGCACCCAGCUCCUUGAACUGGAACGUGAGUUUGCAUCAAACAUGUACCUCUCUCGAUUACGACGAAUUGAGAUCGCAACCUACCUCAAUCUAUCAGAGAAACAGGUCAAAAUCUGGUUUCAGAACCGGAGGGUUAAGUACAAGAAAGAAGGCAAAGGUCAUCCGGAUUCACCUCAGUCACAUGACUGCAAGUGUCAUCACCAAGUGACGUCAUCACGUAGUAACGGUCACGGGAGACAUCAUUCGACAUCCUCAUCGAUCGUGGAGACUUCGACAACAAUGAUUUCGCCAAGUGAUGACGAAGAAAAACUAUCAUCGGAGGAUACAGUUGAUAACUGAAACAGCAGAUAUCGAUCUCUGUUUCACCGUCGUAGGUCAUUCUGUCUCAUCAAGCUUAUGGAGAAGAAAAUCAGCUAGCCGUGGUCUUUGACGGCCAUUCAAUGUGUUAUCAUCGUCAUCAACAACUAAACAUCACCUCGCUCCAACCAAUCGCCGCGCUAUCACCGCCAUCGAAAAACAACCAUCUUGUCCUGAUCGUCAUCAACAAGAAUUUACCACGAUGCCAUGCAUCACCGCCAUCGUCAGCAACCUAUUCAACGGAAUAUGCUUCUCCAUACUUUAAUUUCUAAAAUAUCUAUAUCUCAUUCAUGCCUUAGCAUCGUCAAUGAUCAGCCUUUGUGCCGCAGUCACAACAACGGAACCGAUUACAGAUGGAUUAAAACUUUUAUCUCAUUAUCAAUGUAACUCAAUCGGUGGGUUUGGCGUCUGUUUCAUGGUGUGACUGUAACAUAACAAGGAACCAAUCUUAUUGGUUCACUGGCUGGUUAUUAAGUAUUAAUUAAUAUGAUGUAGGUAUGAGAUAUAGCGUUCAUUUUCAGAGGGAGUUGCAAUCAAACACAACUAGAUUAUCAACAAGUCAGAAGCGUGCAUUCUGAGAGACGAGUUUUCUGUUCCGAGUUGUGUUCAAAACUUCAAACAGUGCUCUCACUAACCGGAAAUGCGAAAAACGUCGUUAAGCAUUUAAACGUUUCAAAAAUCGUUAUGAAAGUAAAGUAACAAAUUACCAUUUGUAUUAAUCUCUGUAAUAAACACAAAGAAUCUUCCUUGAUAAGGAUUGCCGAGACUGUUCGUCACCAAUCGGUUUGUUGCAAAAACACAACGAAUAUCAUUUGUAAUCGCAUUUCCCAAAUGAGCCACUAAAUACGAUUGGUUGAACAUUGUUGAAUCAUUGAAAUUGGAUCCCAACUCCAUGUUGAUGAAGAUGAAGAUCGACAAAAAGUAUACUGCAUUGCAAAUACACAACAUUAAUUUUACAAGUAACAACGAUGUAAGGUGUGUUCAAAUCGACAAAACUGUUGAAAAAUCGUUUGUCACAAAUCUCCCCAAAUAUCAAGUAGAAAAAGUGAUCGAAAAUAUUUAUUCUUCAAUUAUUCGUCUUGAGUCUGGAAAUUUUCUUAAUAUAUACCUUUGUGUGUAAAACUUUGUUUUCAGAGUAUUAAUUUAGCUCGCAAUCUUAAAGGAAUGCUCCGGGAUGAAAAUAUUUAUAUCUAAAUAAAUAGAGUAAAAUUCACAAA